AUGGAUAUCGCGGAAUUGAUUCAUUCAGAAACAGCAUCCGUGCGCUAUCCAAAACGUCACCAAUGUACUUGGCCUGGUUGUGGAAAGCUUUUCAGUAGGCCUUCGGAUACGGCACGCCAUUACCGAAUCCACACCAACGACAGGCCGUUUCAUUGCGACAAGCCAUGGUGCGGAAAGCGUUUUAUCCAGCGAUCUGCCUUGACCGUUCAUUUACGUACCCAUUCGGGUGAACGCCCACACACGUGUGAGUUCCAUGACUGCGGCAAAAGCUUCAGCGACAGCAGCUCUCUCGCACGUCAUCGCCGCAUUCAUACUGGUAACCGCCCCUAUCGCUGCUCACAUUCUGGAUGCACCAAAAGCUACACUAAAAAGAUGUUUCUUGCUCGUCAUGAAGAAAAGUGUCAUGGCACUCGAGUAUCAACAUCAUCCAAUACAAGGUCAUCAAAAAAUUAUCAAUCCUCACUCCUCACCUUUAGUAGCAGUAGUAGUACUACUACAGCCAGCAGUCAUGGAUCACCACCCCUAUCAUCCAUGUUACCGCCACCACCACCGCCAUCGUUGCCAUUCAACUCAAAUAGUUUCCUCCCACCACCACCAUUUCUUGCUCCACCCCAUGUAGCCUUUCCACCACCACCUACACACCCACCUCCAUCAUCAUCAUCAUCAUCGACAACAACAUCUGGCAAUGUCCUUUGUGCUCCUUCACUUACACACAACUUGGCUGAUAUUCUUAAUGGCCGCUCAUUGUAUGCAACCACCUAA